AGCCUCUGCUGCUGUUCUCAUUGGGCCAUCUACCUCCAGUGUUCCAGAAUGGACCGCAAGUUCUAGACUGGCCUUUGUCACAGAAUUCUAGAAUCUUGGGGGGCUUGAAACACUCUCAGCCCCCUCAACCCUGACUAAGAAACCAUCCAUCCUACGACCAAGUCAACAGCCAUCCUCCAGCCUCUGGGUGAGGACCCUCCUGGAAGGGGGGGGACUCAACAACUCUAACCAUGAUUCGCAAGGGAGAAUUCAACAUCUUCAAUGAUAGUUCGUAAGAGAGAACUCAACAAACCUCCAAUAAUGGUCAACAAUCCAGUCUUUGAUGCAAGGUACCUUAUAACCAAUGAGGAGCUCUGAAGAAUAGAACUGAUGAAUGUCAUCCAAGAAUUGCUUAUGGCAGAAGGGAACGGGGAAGGUGAAGGAGGCCUGGCGGCCGCUGGCGGGCUCCGCAGUCACAGCAGACUGGGCAGUUGAAAGGAAUCCAUUUAUGUGAACAGGCGAGCAGCACCUCCCACGCAGGAGCUGCGACCCAAGACUCAGUCGGCGCCACCUUGCUGUGCAGGGAGCAGAGGCGCCCGUGGAUGUGCCCGGGCCCAGGGGAUGCUGAAGAUGGCAUCAUAUAAUAACUAUGAUUCAUAUUAUACCGAAAAUCCUGAACCCGGGGACUUGAUUGAAGUCUUUCGUCCAGGUUACCAGCACUGGACUUUAUAUCUGGGUGAUGGCUAUGUCAUCAAUAUGGCCCCAACAGAUGAAGGAAGAAACGGAGGCAUACAAAAGUCACAUGACUCUCCUCAGCUUGCACAAGAAGUAAAUGAGGACAGCUCCCCAGUUCCGUUCACAAGCGCUAAGUCUGUAUUCAGCAAAAAGGCCCUGGUGCGGAUGCAGCUCUUGAAGGACGUCGUGGGAUCUGACACUUACAGAAUCAAUAACAAAUAUGAUGACAUGUACUCGCCUCUGCCGCUAGAUGAAAUCAUCCGGCUGUCAGAAUUCCUCAUUGGGCAGGAAGUGUCCUAUGACCUGCUGGUCAACAACUGCGAACAUUUCGUGACUUUGCUCCGAUAUGGAGAAGGGAUUUCGGAGCAGGCCAACCGAGCGAUCGGUGCCAUCGGGAUUGUAACCGCUGCUGCCGGCGCCUUCUCCCUCCUUGGCUUGUUUCCGAGCAAACAAAGGAAUGGCCCCCUGGGGAUGAGGUAUAAGAGGAAUUUACUUGGAAAUGAAGAUGAUGUUACAAAAAAGGUCAUUCAGCAAAGCAUGGCAAGGUUUGACAUGAGUCAGCAGCCAGAAAUCGCGGUUUUGAAGAAUGGCAUCCUGCAAAGUCAAGGGCAUUUAUCGGUAACGAAGAAAGAAAUAAGCCAUUCUCCCCAUUGCCUACUCUCUUUCUCCUUCACCUGGAGAAUGUCCCGCAAAAUCCCUUCCUCUCCUUCGUUCUUCCUAAGCAUAAGCUCAUGAGAAUGUUCGUGAUACCAGCCUCUUUCUUUAGGACUAUUGAUGGAGUUCCUCUUUGAAAGACUCUUGCCAAGACUAGCAGCCUGCCUUUUCUCUCCUCCCCUUCCCCACCCUAGCUGAAACAGUACAUUAAAUCUAAGACUUGGAAGAUC